AUGACAGCACAGUCACCACUCAACCAGUCACUGGUGAACCGUUCAUCCAGUUCAACCGAUUCUACAUCACCAGAAUCCUACCCGGACCUAGCAGCAUUUCAACCUGAAUAUCGCUCAGACAUUGCAAAAUCGGUCUAUGGUACCACCAGACCUGUAUCUGAUAUUUCAAAACCCAUCUAUGACACACCAAGAACCAUGUACAAUUCUCCAAGAGGAUGUUAUGUUUCUCCCAGAGCUCUAUUUGAUAACCCUGGACUAUCUGAAACUUCCAGACCGUGUGACAUUGAUAGACCAAUAUGUAGAACACCAAAACCGAUCUGUGAAACACCUAGACAGGAACACACUUUUAUAAGAAGACAACGUCCAAUAAUGGGAAGGAAAUUCAUGACAAAUGCUGAUAACUGUCUUGACAGUACCAUUACUACUCCAAUUACAACAAUUCCUGAAGAUAUAGACUUUUCACAGUCAAUUUGGCAUGAUGAUGCUUUAUUUCAACAUACACCACCUAAUAAUUCUUUUACGGAACCCAGAAACAACAUAUAUGAACUUUUCCCAACUGAAAAUAGAGGAUAUGAAUUCAAAUCACCUGUGAAAUCCACAAGUAGCAUCUCACCUACAUUUUCACCAAAUAUUUCGAAUGCUUCACCCAGUCUCUUAAGCAUCUCUCCAAAUUUGAAUCUCAGUUCUCCAAUGCAGAGUUUUAAUGCUUCUACUCCAUGCACGAAUGCUAUGGCUAUCCCGAAACCUCUUGGGUCUCCAGUACCCUCCACUUCAUCAAUGUAUAGCCAUGAUAUUCAACCAGGAAAAAUGUGUACAUUUUGUCGCAAGAAUGGAGAAACUCCAAUAGUCUACAUGACUCAUUGGGUCAGGGAAAGAGUGAGGAACAAGAGUAUUGUAACAUGUCCGAUUUUGAGAUCUCACAUCUGUUCAACUUGUGGAGGCACAGGGGAUGAUGCACACACCAUCACCUACUGCCCUGUACUUCGCAGUAACAACAACGGUCUGCCUCUCCAAUCCACCACUAUCACCCUGAAGAAUACUCGCAUCAAGAGCAAUGGUAGGCGACGGUACUAAAACAACGCACGAAUCUUCCGCUGUAGUCUGCGCACCUGGUAAGUCUAGGGCGGGGCAAAGGUAACGCAAAUAGCAAAAAUGCAUGCAAACCUAGUAAAUGGCAGUCAGUGGUGAAGAUUUACCAUAUAUGGCAAAAGUGCAUGAACAUUCCCAACCAAAAUCAGUUAUUCUCAGCAUUCAUUCAUUCUACUCAUUUCACAAUCAGGUACACGAAUAUCAGUAGUUUCAAACAAUGUACC